CCGGAGCUGCUUUACGGCGGCGUUGGGGACGCGUCCUCCCCGCCUCUUCCUGUUGUGAAGCCGGGUGCUAUGGCCGCUGCCCUGCCUGCUCCCCGCUGGCUCCCGGCAGCCGCCGCCGCCCUGCUCUGGGCGUGCUGCGGGUCGGCAGCUCCUGAUGGGAUCCAGGACCAAGCAGAACAGUUUUUUAGAAGUGGGCAUACAAAUAACUGGGCAGUUUUGGUAUGUACAUCUCGCUUCUGGUUUAACUACCGUCAUGUGGCAAAUACGCUUUCAGUUUACAGAAGCGUCAAGAGACUAGGCAUUCCUGAUAGUCACAUUGUCCUGAUGCUGGCAGAUGAUAUGGCAUGUAAUCCCAGGAAUCCCAAGCCAGCAACUGUGUUUAGUCACAAAAACAUGGAGUUAAAUGUUUACGGAGAUGAUGUGGAAGUGGACUAUAGAAGCUAUGAGGUUACUGUGGAGAAUUUCUUGCGUGUGUUAACAGGAAGAAUCCCACCAAGCACACCUCGAUCCAAGCGCCUACUUUCUGAUGACAGAAGCAAUAUUCUAAUAUACAUGACAGGUCAUGGUGGAAAUGGUUUCUUGAAGUUUCAGGAUUCUGAAGAAAUCACUAAUGUAGAACUUGCUGAUGCCUUUGAACAAAUGUGGCAGAAAAGAAGAUACAACGAAUUGCUGUUUAUUAUUGAUACCUGUCAAGGAGCAUCCAUGUAUGAACGAUUUUAUUCUCCAAAUAUAAUGGCCUUGGCUAGUAGCCAAGUAGGAGAAGAUUCACUUUCACAUCAGCCUGAUCUUGGGAUUGGAGUUCACCUUAUGGAUAGAUACACAUUUUAUGUCUUGGAGUUCUUGGAAGAAAUUCACCCAGCCAGCCAGACCAAUAUGAAUGACCUAUUUCAGGUGUGCCCUAGAAGUUUGUGUGUUUCUACACCUGGACACCGGACUGAUCUUUUUCAGAGAGAUCCUCAGAAUGUUCUGAUAACGGAUUUCUUUGGCAGUGUACGAAAGGUGGAAAUUACAACACAGACCAUUUCUCUGGAUCCUAACUUAGUUGGCUUGGAAACCAGGUCACCCUCCUCACAUGCUGCAAAAGAAUGUAUCCUGUACUUUGUAUCGUCUUAGAUAUCUACUCCUUCAAACAUUUAAGAUGGUGUAAUGUGGUCAUACACAUCAGAUGAAGAGGAAGCAGAAGAAAGCUGCCACUGUGCUUCAUUGUGGCACCACAAAUGGCUGCUAUUAAAAUCCACAUAUAGUUCCUAAAGGCUCAAGAAGGCAUUUUCAGACUUUGCUUCCACAUGGAGAAUUAUCUUUCAGGAGCCAUGCUGUCAUGUUUUGUCAUUGGCUUUUUUAUUUUAGGCUUGCUUUACUGUACUGAAGUAUGGUGUAUGUGCAGUCAACUUCGUGUAGUUGUAAAUUUGUGACCCAGAGAGCUUUCAAACAAUUAAUUGCAAUAUUCCACAAUAUGUCUAUUGUCCUGAUGGAGGGAGAGUGAUGAAACAAGGUGUCCAGGUGCUGCAGUGGAUUUCUUUUUAAACUCUGCUGUAUAAAAUUUGAUAUAUAAUUAUGGUAUGUGUAAUGUAAGAUAGGUAUAACAGAUCAAUUAUUCUAUAGGGUUUUAGUAGACAAAUGUGAAAACACUUAAUUCCUGGGUUUGGCAGUAUCCCAGGAUUGCCUGUUUCCACUGCGGAGGCUAUGCUAUAAUGAUUUCUUCUGGGAUUUGGUCAGAUUAUUAGUGUUCCACUGGCAGGUGUCCUCACCUUUUAAUAGUGAUUAUUUUUUCUAAAGAGCCUUUGAAGGAAAGCCAUG